GUGGUGAGGGGUGGUUGUUUUGGAGCUGGAGUAGGCGGCUGGAGGGAACAGACGGCGGCAGCGAUGGGGGUGCCCAAAUUCUACCGGUGGAUCUCGGAGCGGUACCCCUGCCUCAGCCAGGUGCUGAAGGAGCAUCAGAUUCCAGAAUUUGACAACUUGUACCUGGACAUGAAUGGCAUAAUUCAUCAGUGUUCACACCCUAAUGAUGAUGAUGUCCACUUCAGAAUCUCUGAAGACAAGAUCUUUGCUGAUAUAUUUCACUAUGUGGAAGUGCUGUUUCGUAUUAUUAAACCAAGAAAGGUUUUCUUCAUGGCAGUUGAUGGAGUGGCUCCAAGAGCAAAAAUGAACCAGCAACGUGGCAGGCGCUUUAGGUCAGCAAAGGAGGCAGAGGACAAAAUUAAAAAGGCAUUGGAAAAAGGAGAAAUUCUUCCCACAGAAGCCAGAUUUGAUUCCAAUUGCAUUACACCAGGGACUGAGUUCAUGGCCAGAUUGCAUGAACAUCUGAAGUAUUUUGUAAACAUGAAGAUUUCUACAGACAAAUCUUGGCAAGGAGUAAUUGUCUACUUAUCAGGACAUGAGACUCCAGGAGAAGGAGAGCAUAAAAUUAUGGAAUUUAUUAGAUCAGAAAAAGCAAAGCCUGACCAUGACCCAAAUACAAGACACUGUCUGUAUGGUUUAGAUGCUGACUUGAUUAUGCUUGGACUAACAAGCCAUGAGCCGAAUUUCUCCCUUUUAAGAGAAGAGGUCAGAUUUGGUGGCAAAAAGUCACAAAGAGUAUGUGCUCCUGAAGAAACAACUUUUCAUCUUUUGCAUUUGUCACUAAUGAGAGAAUAUAUUGAGUAUGAAUUUUCACCAGUUAAGGACAAGCUCUCAUUUAAAUAUGAAGUUGAAAGCAUAAUAGAUGAUUGGAUCUUAAUGGGCUUUCUUGUUGGAAAUGAUUUUAUACCUCAUCUACCUCAUUUGCAUAUUAACCAUGAUGCACUGCCAUUACUUUAUAGAACAUACAUGGCUGUAUUGCCUGAACUUGACGGUUACAUUAAUGAAAAUGGGCACCUCAACUUACCACGUUUUGAAAAGUACCUGGCAAAACUGUCAGAUUUUGAUCGUGAACAUUUCAGUGAAAUCUUUGUAGAUCUCAAGUGGUUUGAAAGCAAAGUGGGCAAUAAAUAUCUGAAUGAGGCUGCUGGCAUUGCAGCUGAAGAAUCAAAAAAGCAAAAGAAACAGGAGGCUCAGGAAAAUGCCAUGUUCUUGGCUGCUUUAGAGAAAACUGACAAUGGGGAAAUAGCAACUUCCAAAACUGUAUUAGAAGAUGAGCCAGAAGAUGAUGAUUUGUUUGAGACAGAAUUUAGGCAAUACAAAAGAACAUACUAUAUGACAAAAAUGGGUGUAGAAGUAGUUUCAGAUGAUUUUCUGGCUGAUCAGGCUCACUGCUACAUCCAGGCAAUACAGUGGAUAUUACACUACUACUAUCAUGGGGUUCAGUCAUGGAGCUGGUACUAUCCCUAUCAUUAUGCACCUUAUUUAUCAGAUAUCCGCAAUAUCAGUAAACUGAAGAUUCACUUCGAUUUAGGAAAACCAUUCAUGCCAUUUGAACAGCUUCUUGCAGUACUUCCAGCAGGUAGUAAAGAUCUGCUACCUAAAUGCUACCAGCAUUUGAUGAUCAGUGAAGAGUCUCCCAUUAUUGAAUAUUAUCCAACAGAAUUUAAAACGGAUCUAAAUGGAAAGCAACAAGAAUGGGAAGCUGUAGUGUUAAUUCCAUUUAUUAAUGAGAGACAAUUGCUAGAGGCAAUGGAAUUUUGCAGUAUGUUGUUGACAGAGGAAGAAAGGCAAAGAAAUAGGCACAGUGAGUGCUUGAUGUGCACGUAUGACAAAGAUACAGAGUUCCAAUACCUAUCGCCAUGGCCAGAGAAGUUCUCUUCCAUAGAAAGGUGUCAUACAAGGCAUAAAGCUAUAUCUUUGGACUCCUGGCAUGUAGAUAUAUCCCAUAAUAAAAUAACUAAGCUGGAUUUAGGGAAGCUGUAUUUCUGUGGCUUCCCUACUUUGAAGCACAUUAAGCAUACGUUCUACCUUAAAAAAAGCGGGGUGCAAGUGUUUCAGCAAAGCAGCCAUGGAGAAAAUAUGCUGUUAGAAAUAACAAUGGAUGAAGAUCCAAAGGAACUUAGUGUAGAAAAUGUCUCCAGUCUGGUGCUAGGGAAAUCAGUCUUUGUUAAUUGGCCACACCUGGAAGAAGCAAGGGCUGUUGCUGUAUCAGAUGGCGAAACAAAGUUUAAUUUGGAAGAGCCACCUGGAACACAGAAACUUUACAUGGAAAAUGCUGUGCCAGCAACUAAAGUAUCUCAUGUUGGAGACAAAGAGCGGAGUAUAUGGAUAAAAGAAAUCCAGGGGAUCUCAGAAUACUACCAGAGAAGAAAAGGUGUAAUUAUAGAUGAUACCUCUAUAAUUGUAUAUGCGCAGUUACUUACUGGACGUAGAUACCAGUUGAAUCAAGGUGGCAAAGUAUGUUUGGAGAAACAGUGGUCCAAGCAAAUUCUGCCUUUUGCAUACCAAACAAUUGUCAAGGAUAUAAAAGCUUUCGAUUCCCUCUUCUCUAAGAUCAAAACUUUGGAUGACCUAUUCCCUCUUGGCUGUACCGUCUUCAUGCUGGGAACACCUUACUAUGGGUGCACAGGAGAAGUUCAAGAUUCAGGUGAUGUGAUCUCAGAAGGUAGAAUUCGUGUUGUUUUCAGUAUUCCAUGUGAACCACAGCUGGAUGCCUUAAUCCAAAAUCAGCACAAAUAUUCUGUGAAGUACAAUCCUGGAUAUGUUUUGGCUUCUCGUCUUGGUGUAAGUGGCUAUCUUGUGUCUAGAUUUACAGGAAGCAUUUUUAUUGGACGAGGAUCCAAGAAAAAGUAA